AUGACCCAACCUCCUCCUCCUCCUUCUUCUUCUUCUUGUUCUCCGCCGCUAAUCCCGGGCCUCCCAAACGACGUCGCAUCCCUAAUUCUCUCCUCCAUCCCCUUCUCCCACCACGCGCGCCUCAAACCCACCUGCAAAUCAUGGCGCCUCUUCCUCUCCUCCAAAACCCUAUUCGCUUCCCGCCAAUCCCUCCGCCGCCUCUCCCACCUCAUCUGCAUCUUCCCUCAGGACCCCGCCGUCGCCGCCCCUUACCUCUUCGACCCUCGCCACCUCGCCUGGUGCCCCCUCCCCCCUAUGCCCUGCAACGCCCAGCUCUACGGCCGCUGCAACUUCACCGCCGUCGCGAUCGGGCCCCACCUCUACGUCCUCGGCGGCUCUCUCUUCGACGCCCGCUCCUUCCCCAUCGACCGCCCCUCGCCGUCGUCAGCGGUCUUCCGGUUUGACUUCACCACCGCAAAGUGGGAGCGCCGCGCGCCGAUGCUCUCACCGCGAGGGAGCUUCGCCUGUGCGACGGUUCCCGAUUCUGACCAGAUCAUCGUCGCCGGAGGCGGUUCCCGCCACACCGUGUUCAGCCGCGCCGGGAGCAGGAUGAGCUCGGUGGAGAGGUAUGACGUGUGCAGAGACGAGUGGGUGGCCAUGGAAGGGCUGCCGAGCUUUCGGGCCGGGUGUGUGGGGUUCUUUGCUGGUGAUGAGGAGGAGAGGGAAUUUUGGGUGAUGGGAGGGUAUGGAGAGGCCAGGACUAUAGCGGAGGUGGUGCCGGUGGACGAGUAUUACCGCAAUGCGGUGGUGAUGGAAAUGGAGAGUGGGAAUGGUGGUGGCAGGUGGAGGGAGACUGGUGAUAUGUGGGAAGAAGGGGAGAGAACCAAGCUUGGGAGGAUUGUGGUGGUUGAUAAUGAGGUUGAUCCUGCUCAGCCUGGUGUGUUCAUGCUUGAUGGGAAUGAUAUAUUCAGAUAUGACCUGGCAUCAAAUCACUGGAGUUUGGAGUCACAUAUUCCAAGGAAGCCUCCUUGCAACUCAUCAUUCGCGUUCACUGUAUUGGAUGGAGAGUUGUAUGCUAUAACUUUCUGGAACACAGUUGAGCGAUUGCAUAAGAGAGCAGGAAGGCUUUACAUCCAAAUCUACCAUCCUCAGCAGAAGACGUGGAGAACUCUCAUUACCAAGUCACCUUUCCGUUAUGACUUGGAUUUCGAUGCAGCAGUUAUGAGCACUGUUCACUUGUGAACUUCAUUUCUAAUUGCUUGUCCUUAUGUGAAUGUGAAACGAUAGUACCAAUUCAUGUGCAGAUCGAUGUGUAUGCUGAUUCUCUGGUUCAUCAUUGCUACUAGCAUACUUGUGUAUAUUGAUUCACUGGUUCAUCAUUGCUACGAGCAUAUUUGUAGUCAUUGUGCAGCAUAGUGGAGUGUUAAUCAGAACUAUAGUGAAUUUGAAUUGAUCUCGGUUUCAUAUAUCAAUAUA